AUGCGUGGUCAAGGGUAUGAUGGUGCUAACAAUAUGUGUGGUGAAUGGAAUGGACUUCAAGCUUUAUUUCUUAAAGAUUGCCCAUAUGCAUAUUAUGUACAUUGCUUUGCACAUCGUCUGCAAUUGGCCUUAAUUGCUACAACAAAAGAUGAGCCUACUGUUUGGCAAUUUUUUUCUCACUUGAGUUGUAUUGUCAAUCUUGUUGCUUCUUCUCCAAAUCGUCUUGGUGAGUUAAAAUCUUUUCAUAGGAGUGAGGUUGAAAAUAUGUUGAGCGUCAAUCUGUUGUUGAAAGUCUCAAGAAGAGUACAAAUCAACAAAUUCACGGGCAAGCUAAUGAAAACUCAAGACAUCUUAAAUGCGAUGAAAUUAGUCUCCACAACAAAAGCUCUACUUCAAAAACUUAGACAAGAUGAUUGGGAUAUUUUUCUUGCAAAUGUGGUGUCAUUUUGCAAUCGGCAUAACAUUGCAGUGCGUGAUAUGAGUUCUCCUUAUAAAGAAGAGAAAUUUUAUCCCCAAGAUUUCACUUCUCAGGACAUCCAUGCUUUGAAAUUUUCUACACCGACUACGGCAAGAGCAUUUUCGGGUCUGAAGCAUGCUAAAACUACCAUUCAUAAUACAAUAGGGGAUGAGUUUCUUGCCGAUUGCCUGUCUCUCUACCUUGAACGAGACCUUACUUUGAAAAUUGAUUUAGAUUCUAUAAUUGAUGAAUUCAAAUCUUUAAAGACUCAUCGACCACAACUUUGUUAG